AUGUCUGAUUCAGGAGCGUCGCGCUUCAAGCCGCAGAUUAAAACCACCAAUGAGCGUCUAUCAACACACACGGUAGGCCUCGUCGCCCUCUCCGAUUUCCGCAAGCGACGCGCAGAAGUCAUCGAGCAACAGGAGCGCGAGUCCCGAGAGGCUGCAUACUCAGGCACGUCCACUCCGGAUGUUUCCCAAGCAGGCACUCCUGACAACGCUGGCAGUGAUAGCGGAAAUGGAACGCGACCGUUGAAGAAGAAAAAGAAGAAGCAGGGGAAGAAGUUGUUGUCGUUUGACGACGAAGAGGGCGAGGAUGAAGAGCCAGCGAUCAAACCGAAAUCGAAGCCCCGAAAGGUCAGCGCCGACGAAACCGAAGGCAGCGAAGGCGAGUUCAAGACUAAAUUCAAGGCCAAUGCUUCGGUCGGAAUGGUGCCGAAAGCCAUGACCAAAUCCGCACUACGCAAAGAAGCCGCCGAACGAGACACUUUGCGACGCGAGUUCUUGGCCAUCCAAGAAGCUGUCAAAGCCACCGAGAUCGCCCUUCCCUUUGUCUUCUAUGACGGCAGUAAUAUUCCUGGCGGUAUUGUCAGACUGAAAAAGGGCGACUUUAUAUGGGUGUUCCUCGACAAGAGCCGAAAGGUUGGCGCCGACUUGGGAGUUGGAGAAAAGGCAAAUGCAAGGAGAGAAUGGGCCAGAGUUGGCGUUGAUGAUUUGAUGCUUGUUCGCGGAACUGUCAUUAUACCUCACCACUAUGACUUCUAUUUCUUCGCCAUGAACAAGACCCCUGGUCCUGACGGCGAGCCUGUCUUCAAAUAUACCGCCGAACCUCCUCAAAAACCCAGACCGACCGACGAUGCUGCACUCCCUCACGAACCCCUUGCCACGCCUGCUUCCAAGGCAGCGGCGGCGGCAGCAGCAGCUAAAGCUCUGCCCGAUAUAAACACCCUCGAGGGCGCCGACGAAGACCCUACUCUCACAAAGGUCGUUGAUAGGCGGUGGUAUGAGAAGAAUAAACACAUCUUCCCUGCCAGUAUGUGGCAAGAGUUUGAUCCUGAAAAGGACUACGGGAAGGAAGUGCGGAAGGAUGCUGGCGGGAACACGUUCUUCUUCUCGCGCUGA